GGGGUGGUGGUCCUCUGGACUGUAGCCUUGUCUGAGAGCUCUUCUGGUUGAAUUAGCCAUGGUGCUGCAAUAAAUUUGGAAAGAUACCUCGAGGGGGAGAGGUGACCCGUUUUUUGCAGUGUUUGUGCUUAAAUGCCAUAGUUGCUGAACAAAACCAGCUAAAAAAGACCUCAUUUGGAAAAGUGAACCCAAGGCCACCCAGCCGGGCCUGCUCUGUGCAGCUCCAUGAAUGAAGCCUGGGCCUCAAUUUCAGGGGUAUCUCAUUAAGUUGAGUGCCAUUGGGCAUCCAGCUUGACCAGUCCUUGGAGCUUCACCUGGGCUUCCAGUUUUUCCAGACCACUCUAAACCCUUAUCCUCAGCUCUCUCCUUAUUUUGGGGGGAGAUUUCCUUCCAUGGAAGACAUGAGGGGAAAAUCUCCACCCCCAUUUUGCAACUGAAUCUUAAAAAGUUUUGGGAAAGCUUUUUCUCUCCCUUUUUUGGUCUUAUGCCCCUUAGGCCCUUUUGGGUCUUAAGCAAAAUACGAUUAGGCUCUACAUGGCUCUUAACACUUGUGCGACAGCCUGAAGUGCCACAGGUGCAGUGUUUUAGAUCUUUCGGACAAGAAGUGCUUGUAACACGUUCACAUUGGUUUCACCAACAUGUCUGUCUGUGAGGAUAUGCUCCUUUGCAAUUACCGCAAGUGUCGGGCCAAGCUUUCGGGCUAUGCAUGGGUCACAGCCUGCUCCCACGUCUUCUGUGAUCAACAUGGCAGUGGAGAGUUCAGCCGUUCACCCGCUGUCUGCCCAGCUUGCAGCAGUGCUCUGUCUGGCAAGAUGGACAUUGUUCGGACAGAACUCAAUCCUUCGGAGGAAUAUAAGGCUAUGGUCUUAGCUGGGCUGCGGCCAGAGAUCAUUUUGGACAUCAGCUCCAGGGCUCUGGCUUUCUGGACAUACCAGGUUCAUCAGGAGCGCUUGUACCAAGAGUACACCUAUAGCAGAGCGGAGGGCCACCUCAAACAAAUGGAGAAAGUCUACACCCAGCAACUCCAGAGCAAAGAUAUGGAGCUGACAUCCAUGAAGAGUGAAGUCUCCUCCUUGAAGAAAGUACUGGAAGAGUACAAAAAGAAAUUCACCGAUCUCUCUGAAAAACUCAUGGAGCGCAAUCGCCAGUACCAGAAACUGCAAGGCUUGUAUGAUAGUCUACGGUUACGUAACAUUGCUGUAGCCAGCCAAGAGGCAGCCCAAGAGCCCCCCAUGAUGCCUCAGCCUGCUGUCUUUGGUUUCACUUUGGGAAAUGCCGCCAGGCUUGAUGGGAACACAACACCUAUUCAGGGCCGACGUGGUGAGGGGGACUUCCAUUUCAAACCUUUCUUUGCUUCCUCUCCACCAAUGGCUGAGUCUGGCAACAGCUUCUUUUCCUUUGCUUCUCCGGGCAAUGAGAUGGAACAACACGCAGGAGGCAACAGAGCUUAUAAAAUUAAACGAAUGUGAGUUGUGAUUUGCAUUGUGAGCUUUUCUGAAAUUCUAGCUGAGGCAGGAAGCCGUGCAGCAAUGGGGCAGUGGUGCUUUUAACAUAUCUGGGUUACAGAAACAACAAUCCUCAGUCCAGUUGUCAAUAAAACCCAACAGGUGUCAAAUAGUUGACUCUCAAAUUUUUUCCCUGAAGAUCUCAGCUUCAGCGAACCAUUAUCCAAGGGAGGUCUACCAGAAGGACUGAGAGUAAAUGUUCCAGAUGUGAUCAGUUUUGUUCUAUGUCUCUUUUCUCCUCUAAAAAUAUUCUGGUGUUUCAUAUGGUUACCUUCACGUCCAAAUGCACUACUGUAUUUGGGAUAGGAGGCAUACUUUCUUAAGCAAAACACUUCCAUGAUUACUGUAUCUUGUUAUCGUUGUAGUCUUUGAAAGAGGCUGUAAGGCUUUGUCUGCUUUUGUUUCCCUCUUUCCUAUUAAUGUUAGGAUUAAUUGUGGGUUGUGUUGGUCAAUUAUGUGUAUAAACAUGUUUGCAGGAUUCUGUUGGUUUUGUUCCGUGUUGGUUCUAAGUCAAGG